AUGAGGCGCCGUUGCGCUUUGGGCGCCCUGCUGCUGUCCCUCUCGCCGGCCUUCCUGGGCCCCGCGCCGCGCGCGCCGCGAAGCGGCGCCGGGGCCGGGGCCGGGCGGCUGGAGGCGGCGGCGCCGGCCAAGCCGCGCAUCGCGCAGGAGAUCUGCUUGAACCAGACCCUCUGGAAGCCCUAUGCGCUCAGGCUGCUGAAGAACGCCAAGUUCUUCCAGGACCUUUCGCCGGAGCAGCGCCGGGAGGCAGCCAACCUCAUGAUGCUGCAGGAGCUGGCACCGGGCGCCACGCUCUUCCGCCAGGGCGAGGCCGGGGACAAGUUCUUCAUCGUCGCGGAUGGUGAGGUCGAGGCCUACGUCGCGAGCGAGGAGGGCGAGGAGCUGGUGAAGGUGUACCGCGCCGGAGAGUACUUCGGCGAGCUGGCGCUGCUCACCCGCGCGCCCAGGCGCGCCUCCUUGCGCGGCUCCGAAGAGGCGGCGCUGCUGCUGUGGCUCUCGCGGGGGGACUUCGAGCGGACCUUUGGGCCGCUGCGGGAGCUGCUGCUGCGCUCCGCGGCCUUCCGCCCCGCCAGCCGCGCUGUGAGGCAAGGCCAGAAGCUCGCCGAGGCUUCUUUUUGGGAGCAAGUGCUGGGCCUCACGGGGGGCCAGCGCCGACUGCUGGCGGCGGUGGCGCUAUAUCUGGUGAUCGGCACCGCCUACUACAGCUACACCGGCUUCCAGGAGCUGCCGGGAGCUUCCUCCGUGUGGGUGGCCUUCUACUUCUCCGUGGAGACCGCGCUGGCGGUGGGCUUCGGGGUCCUCACGCCCCGAGGCGCGGAGUCGCCCUUCUUCACCGCGGGCUUCGUGAUCUGCGGGGCCGCGCUGCUGGUGAACUUCCUCAGCGGCCUGGUGGCGGACUUCCUCGAGGAGUCCGCGGCACGCACGGAAGACUCCGACGGCCCGCGGCUGGGAGGCGGCAUGCUGGGCCCGGCAGGACCCUUGCUGCUUUGGUGGCUGCUGGGGGUCGCCUUCGGCGUUCUCCACGAAGGCUGGGACUGGGGCACUGCGGCGCUCUUUGCCAUCAGCGCCACUAGCAGCGUGGGCAUCCAAGGCUUGGACUCCAAGGACGAUGUGUCCUUGCUGUUCUGCGCGGUGUACCUCCUGGUAGGCGUGCCUUUGUACGCCUCGGUCAUCGCCAGGAUCUCGCUGCGGGUCGCGGACGACAUUCUGAAGAGACGACAGCAAGAGAUCAAGCGACGGACAAUGGCAUCCCUGGAUGGUUGCGACGACGAGUGCAAGCUGGACGUCUUCUCGAUGUAUGAUGCCGACCAGGACGGGCGCAUCACCAAGCAGGAGUUGCCGGAGCUGCUUCGCUUCUUGUGCGUGGCACGGGGAGUGGAGAUUACAGAUGCCGACAUCGACUUCUUGCUCAAAGAGUGGGACGAGGACAAGACGGAGACCAUCAGCCAAGCAGAGUUCUUGGCCGGGUUGGAGAAGUGGCAGGCGAAGCUGUGA